CCACCCUGGCGCAGGGACCGACGGGACUGGGCCACGGCCCAACUGCCUCAGGGGAAGACGAGGCCCGGAAGCCCCGAGGCCGGUAGGGGCCAGAGGGGGGCUACAGGGAGCCCCCAGGCCUCGACCAGCCGUCGCCCGCAGCCCAGAGCUAACUCCUCAGCCCCGGAAAGGCGGGGCCUCCGCCUUUCCCGCGUACGGGUCUCGCCGCCCGGCUCAGCCUCCUCGUAGGCCUUGCGCCAUUGCUGCUACUAUCGGCCGAACGGGGGCGCGGAGCUGGUCCCGGGGCGGGAUGCGGCCGCCCCUGGGGCGGUGGUGGCUGCUAAUCUGGCUGCAGCCCUUGUCCGCGCCGCCCGCUGGCGCGGUGCGCGGAGAGGAGGAGGCGGCGGCGGCGUUGGCAGGUAACCGCGGGCACUGGCGGCCGGCGCGCACGCGCGCUCCCGGACUCCUCGGUUCGUAGGCCUUGGCGGCUCGAGGGCGCUCUCCCUGCCCUCGGCGGCGGCGGUAAGGCUCAGGCAGCCCGGUGGGCGCUUUCUCGUCCCCUAAGGCUCGCCGGGUGUGGCCGGCGGCAGGCCCAACAUCCCUUAUCGCCUGCUUGGGUUUCCCUGGUCUUCUUGCUGUCACUUGGACACUUUUAUGAUUUUAGGAGUAGAAGCAACCGCCAAGCUCAGUCUAGCCCAGUUUCCUCGUUUACGAAGCAGCAACCAAAGCUCCGAGAUGUUUUGAUUUGUCUGAGGUCACACAGCUUGUCACUGGCACAGCUGACCCUAGCUAGUCUCCCGACUUUCAACACAAGACUUUUGUAUAGUACAUCCAUUUGUGUUGAAAACCUCAGUAUUUCUCUAUAUAGCUAUUACUUUGUACUCAAUAGAAGAGCUUUAGCUUUAGAAUUAGACCGAAAUUCCCCUGCCUCUGACUAGCUCUGCGACCUUGAGCAAGGCACGCUACUGGUCACAUGUAAAGCAGAUCCUGUCUGACGGGAUUGUUGUGAUGUUUAAAGUGUGCACGAUGUUACAUAGGAAACAAGAGAUGGUAGCUCCUCAUAUUGUUGUUAAGGGCUAUCUGUGGAGUGCUCUCAAGAUCCUGGCACGGAAGGGAGGUCGCGAGUUCCGACUCCAGAACUUCUAGUAAUAUGCUAUGAGCUUAACAUUUCUAGCUCAUCCCCACUCCUCGCGUAAAAUCCUUUAAAAGAUUUCCUGGAAUUUCUGUCCACCAGCUUCUCCUCCUCUCAUUGGUAACCUCUGUUCGCAAGGGGGUUACCCAAGUGUGAUCCUUUAGCCUCUCCAACGAGAUCAAGGUUCUUUGUCUAAGGAUGAGGACAGUUUUCCGAUUCUGCCAGAGCUGCCAACUCAUGGGAAUCUUGCAUUCCAAGGUGUAAAGCUCUGAAGGAAAUGGAUUUAAUUAAAACUUCUGAGUCAGACUGUUACUGCUACAAUCGAAAUUCCCGAAUGGAGUGGAAAUACAUGUGGUCAACUCUGCAGGUGAAAAUUACCAGUUCAGGUCUGCUCAAUAUUGCAUAUAUCACAGGAAGACAUAAUUGUCAGUAUCCAGAAACCAUUCUAUCUUUUAUCAAAUGUGUGAUUCAUAAUUUUUGGACACCAAAGGAGUCUAAUGAAGUUACCAUAAUCAUCAAUCCAUAUGGAGAGACCAUGUGCUUCUCUGUGAAGCCUGUCAGGAAGAUAUUUAUCUAUACAAUUAGUGUGAAUCGAAACAUUGUGGAUUUCAAACUCUUCCUUGUGUUUGUAGCAGGUAUUUUACUCUUCUUUUAUGCAAAGACCUUGAGUAGAAGUCCUAUUUUCUUUUACUCUUCUGGGACCGUGCUAGGUGUUCUAAUGACGUUAGUCUUUGUCCUGCUUCUGGUGAAAAGGUUUAUUCCUAAGUAUAGCACCUUUUGGGCUCUAAUGGUUGGUUGUUGGUUUGCUUCAGUUUAUGUUGUAUGCCAUUUGAUGGAAGAUCUGAAGUGGCUAUGGCAUGAAAACAGAAUAUAUAUAUUAGGCUAUGUUUUGGUAGCUGGAUUUCUCAGCUUUGCUGUUUGUUAUAAGCAUGGGCCCCUGGUUGAUGAAAGGAGCGUGACUCUUUUGACAUGGACACUGCGGCUCCUCGCCCUGGUUCUGAUCUAUUGUGGAGUCACCGUGCCCCAGGGCUCCUAUGCAGCUCUGAUCCUCAUCCUGGCCUCCAGGAGUCUACGCUACCCACUGAAGGCGUUCACUUAUAUGAGGUGGAAAAUGAAGAAAUGGUGGACAUCCAAGAAGCCAGUGUUUAAGUAUCUGACUGAAGAUGAAUACCGGGAACAGGCUGAUGCUGAGACAAGCAGCGCCCUGGAGGAGCUGCGUGGAGCCUGCCGCAGGCCCGACUUCCCCACGUGGCUGGUAGUCUCCAGACUCCAGGCUCCUAACAAAUUUGCAGACUUUGUUCUUGGAGGAAGCCACUUGUCGCCUGAAGAAAUUAGUCUGCAUGAAGAGCAAUAUGGUUUUGGGGGCGCCUUCUUGGAAGAACAGCUUUUUAACCUGAGGACUGCCUGAUGACCAUUGACUUCAUUCUGGACAAGAAAUGGGCUAAGGGCAAGGAUCCUAUUAACAUUGGGCAGAACGGUUCUAGGGAACAGUGGCAAAAGCAUUUGCUAUGGAGAAGAGUCAUACUGGAAAGGAAAACUAAACAUUAUUGAAGAUAACUUCUCGUUCUUGGUGAGUUCUGCUACUUAUUGUAGUCAUCAAGAUUUUGUGAGAGUCAUUGCCACUUUCCUUGAAUGAAGACUUUCAUUAGGAACAAGAGAAUCACGUUGAUCUUCAAAGAGCAAGUUAACAUGAACAUCUGCCUUGUCAACACCAGGCAUUAAAUCUUAACCUCAGAACCUGUGUCUGAAGACUGCAUAUAAGUGUUGGAAGAGACCUGAGAUAUGCUGGACCAGUGUUUUCCAAAGUAUAAUCCACAGGGUGCUAAUAAGUGCUAGUCAGUAAAGGGAUUGUGAGGUCAACUAAGAUAGUAACAAAGUUAAACAAAUGUACCACAGGACUUCUCAGAGCCUUUAAUACUGACGAUGCACGUUGUCAAUCUCCUGGAUAGAAACUGUGUGCUGCCAUUUCUGACUUAAUUUGACCACAGAACCCUUUUCCGUGAGAUUGAUAUUCCUUGGAGCAGUUUGGAAAAUGCUAAUGAUGGCAGAAUUGAGAUUUGGGGAGGUUCAAUAACUUGUCCAAAACUACAAAGCUAUUUAGAGGCAGCACUGGGACUAGACAUCAGCCCUAAUGUUACCUACAACUCAGGGUUAAGAAGAGACCUUCAGAGGUGAGCCUAGGGGCCAUCUCCCUACAGCCUUGGAUCUCACAGUAUUGGUGACUUUUUUAUUUUUUAAUAAUGGACAACUAUCUAUUUGAUAACUAUGAUAGAGAACAUUUCCUAAGAUUAUAUUUUAAAGUUUGAUAAGAUUUUUGUAGACAUAUAAAUUUUAGAAGGAAUUAUUUUCUAUAAUUUUUUGUAUAUUGCAAUUGAAGACACUUAACCUCUUGUGACAUUUUGAGUUGACUGGUCCAUUUUUAAAAUUUAGUUAUAUAUAUUUGUAACAGUUUCCUACACAACAGACUUGUGAUCUUUCUUCAGAGAACAAAUAUUUUUUUCUUGAUUCUCCGGAGUGAAAUGACCCUGAGCUUUGACCCUGGGGAAAGAAGGCCAAAACUAAGAGCUGAGAAAAGAUCUGAACAUGGCAAAACAAUCUAAGGGUUAAGAUGUGCUAAAUUGAUUCACUUAAAGAAGGUUUUGCUGUGUUGAGUUCUUAAAGAGGCAUACAGAAUGAGGAAUCUCUUUUUACUAGGAGGGAUGUGGAUACGGAGGAAGGACAUUACAGAAAAUUUAGGAGCUGCUUUCCUGAGCCAAGAUCAGUAGAGUGUUUCUAAUUGUUAAAAUGAGAGCAUGGCUACCCAUUUGGAACUUUCUAGGUUGAUUUUCAAAUAUUUUCUCUUUGAAGCAGUGUGUCAGUAUUUUACCAGUUCCUCUUUUUACAGACACCUUUCAGUAUUAAGAGUUCUGCAGUCUUUGUGAAAUGCACUAAAUUCAAUCUGUGCUUUCACAUAGAUUGAUUUCAAAUAUCAAAGAAUCUUCCAUUCAGAUUUAUGAUGAUUAUGAUGAUGACUGUUUUAUAAGUGUAAACAGGUCUGACACUUUUGUUAUAGUUUUAUCUGAAUUUUUUAUAAUUAAAUUUAUUGCCGGUAUAUUAUGAAUGUGUCAGAUGCAUCAGUGCUGUGCUCACCAUGUUCACCUCCCAGGAGGCAGUUUUUGGCAGAAUGUGUGUCUGAAUGAUGUGUGCACAGUCAGUUGCAGUCUGGGCCUUACCUAUGCCAUGUUGAAGAGGGGCUGGCUGCAGAAGGAGGCCAUAGUGGGUCAAGCUGGGUGGGACCAUCACAAUAAAAACAGCUAAAGAGAGGAAGAGUACAAGAGUCUUCUGGGAUGCUGUUUUUCAGGUUUAUUUUAGAGGGAAUCAUGGAUUUGUCAGUUUCUGUUAUGUGAGUACUGUGAAAAGCAAAACAGUUACAAGCAUGAGUUGUGAUACAUUUGGUGUAUUUCUGUUGUGUUCAUUUGAUUUGGGGUUUAUUAUAGUGCUGAUCACAGUUCUAAUCCCCGUGAAGCAAUACACCGAUGACUCCCAUAGGAGAGCUUUUUUCUCUUCUUUCCUUUCUCCCUUCCCUCCUCUCUCUGUCUUCCCCCUCCCACCUCCCUCUCCCUCCUUUAUUUAAAGUCCUUUAAACUGUUUAAAUGACCAUUCAGUAAAAUGGCUCUGCCCUUCACGGUUAAAAGUUGGCUUCGUGCUUCAUAUCGCCAUAGGUGUGCAAUUAUGAAACAGAACAGAUGCUUUGUGUUAGUGCUUAGGCAAGGUGCCUCAUAAAAGCUUACUGUUGUUAGCAAGUUGGGGCUAUUUGACACCAAAAUGUGUGGGUGAGAUUUAGCGUAAGGGGGCCAUGCUUAAACAAUUAUAUCAUUCAAAUGUUAUUUUUAAAAUGUUUUAAAACACGUUUUACAUAUCACAAAAAUUGCUUUGUGAAUUGGUUGUACACUUUGCCAAUAAUACUAAGGGCUGAAAUCAGAGGGGAAUGUCCAUCUGAUGUUUAGGACAGUAUUUCAAUUUAUGACCUUUUUUAAAAAAAAUCUAGAAAUUUAAGAGAUUUCAGUUUUUAAGAGGCUUGGAAUAGAUGAUGGAUUAUAUCAAUGUAUCGAAACAAGUUCAUAAAUUAAGACCCCUGCAGUUGCGUUAAGAAAAGAAAAAGGAUUAUUGUGUAUGAGGUUAUUUCCUAAAGAAGUACAGUUUUUUAAAUCAGCCUUUUUUGUCCAGCUGUUGCAUAAAUAACAUAAUGGAUGUAGAAUUUUGAAGAUGCCUGCAUUAAGAUAGAGAGGUGUUUGUAGGUGACCCCACUGCUGCCUUCUGAGACCCCCACCAAGAGGUAUGACACUGAUGAGUUUACCACAUGAGUUAGCCAAUUCAUAUAGUGUAUUUAGUGACUCACAGCCAAAAAUAAAACUAGCAUAAGGAUAAAAACACUUGAAUUCAUAAGACCAGCAGAUUCUCUCCCAGAAGACAGAUCUAUGAGGGGUCAAAUAGUAGGAAUAAGGUUGCUUGAGCAGAAAGAGAACAAAGGGAGUUUGUUACAUAAUUCAAGUGUUUGAUGUCACCAGCCCAAAAAGUCUAAUUUAAUCCCUCAGUGGGACUACCCUAACGUGAUGAGGUACUAAAUCUUUUGGCACAGGCCUCCUUUAUGCAGACCCUGCCAGCUUUUCCUGUCUGUGCCUGUUGUCACUGACCAGCAUCUCCACCCCCUUCUACUGGGCAUGUUCUUCAUUCAGAUACGUUCUUAAAAUCUUCAGUCUUUCUCUGGCUUAGGAAUCUAGUUACCAUUUUAAGGUAACUGCCUAUUUUUGCUAUGGUCUCUGAAUGUGAUGCCUUCACAGGUCACAGGAGAUUUGGGCUGAGUGUAUAUUUAGUAGGAUACAUCUUGGAAGACACAUUCAAUGGGAUAGCUGCUCUUUAUUGUUUCAAUUUUUUUUUAAUUUUUUUAAUGUUUAUUUAUUUUUGAGAGCAAGAGAGACAGAGCGCAAGCAGGGGAGGGGCAGAAAAAGAGAGGGAGACACAGAAUCUGAAACAGGCUCCAGAUUCUGAGCUGUCAGCACAGAGCCCGAUGCGGGGCUCAAACUCCGGAACAGCGAGAUCAGGACUGAGCCAAAGUCACUCAACCUACUGAGCCACAGAGACACCCCUUGUUUAAAUUUUUUUUUUUUGAGAGAGAGUGCGAGCACACACACAUGUGAGCACAAGCGGGGGAGGGACAGAGGGAGAGAAUCUUAAGCCGGCUUCAUACCCAGCAAGGAGCCCCACAGGGGCCCCCCACACAACUGUGAGAUCAUGACCUGAGCCGAAAUCAAGAGCCGGGUGCUUAACCAACUGAGCCACCCACUAUUUUAACCACUAUUAUUUAAAUAAUUUGGGAGAAUCUAUUUUUUACAUUUGGUCCAUUUUCCAGAAAGGCAAUAAUCAAAAGGAGAAAGGGGAGGAGAACCAGCAUUUAUUGGUGAUCUGUCAAGUACUAUACUGGGCACUUUCUAUGCCUCUUCAUUUUGACUUAUAAUCACUGUAAUAUACUUUAGCAUUAUUUCCAUUUUUCAACUGAGGAAAGACUCGGAGAAGGUUGCUAAAGGACAUAUGUAGCUAAAGUGGUAUAAUCAGAAUGUAAGGCUCAGUGUGUCAGGGCCCGUGCCCUUGCUAUUUCCUUUCCUGCCAUCUUUAAAAAAACAAAGUCAAGUUAAGUGGCUGAUCAGUUGAAGAGAUGACUACAUCUCCUGAAUUUAUGUGUGUGCCAACUCUGGGGCAAUGGACCAAUUCCCCCGCCUCCAAACUACUGCAAAUCUGUACUUUUGUACACUAAAAGUAAAUUAGAAUUGAGUAGCACUGGUCUACAUGUUAUUUUUUUGAGACCCUUCCCCCCUACCCCCAUUGAGAUUUUCAGGGAACAAAAAGUUCCUGACCUUUUUAAAAUACAAGUUUACAGGUGAAGAGAAUAAUAGCUGACAAUUGGGAAAGAGGGUAUGUAACUUGUUAAAUGAUUAUAAAACUCUUGCUUACAUCUUUUUGACACCUCUUAGAAAAGAAAUAUUGAAACUGUGGAACAGAUAUCCUAUAACCUCUCCUGUCUAUGGCUUUUGCACACUAUAGAUUUGGCCCUUGUUACUUGUCAUUCUUCCCCAGCUCCUCAACUUAUAUUUUGCUUAAUUUUGUCCCUUAACGAACUCAUAUCUGCAACCAACUUAAUGAUUAUAAUUCACGUUGGAACCAAAUGCUUGACUGUACAACUUACUAGGUGUCGGCAAACAUCGUAACAUAGCACUGUAGUCCGGGGGAAUGCGAUCUUAUUAUAGAUGUCAGUGUUAACAAACUAUGAAGAGAACGGGGUGCUGGUUGGGGAAAUGAGACUGCACUCCUCUUGCCAUGGGCUCUUGGCCACACAACGAUGGCAGUAUUUAUAGUGCACACUGUGUGUCAGGUACCUCUGUGUUUCAACAUCAAAACAACCUGAAGGCAGAUAUUACAAUUACCGUCAUUUUACAGUGCCUCUGAGGCACAGAGAGGUUGUGAAUAUAUGUAAAUUUCCUCUGGCAGAGCUGAGACUCAAGUCCAGACAGUGGCACUCCAGAGCCCACAAUUUACCCCCAGCGCUGUCAGGUUCCUGGGUUGCCAUCUAAAAUCUUCCUGGAGCCACAGUGGUGCAGAUGGUCUUGGCAUUAGCCACUUGAAGCAGAUGAGAGCCGAGUGAGAGCCACCUGGACUGGGCUCAUUUCUCCCCCAGUCUAGACAUCAACAUAUUUCCAGUUACUCUCUUAAGCCACGGUUUGUCUGGCAUAAGGUAAAUUACUUUCUGACUUGAGAAACCAGUCUCCCUUUCUCUCACCCCUUUAUUUGGUCCCGCUGUCUCCCCAUCUGCUUGAUGGUUUGGAAUUCUUGAGUCAGGUAAUCUUAGAGCUUUGCAGAAAUGGCACAGGAGCGUUUUGGGGCUUCCGAAGUAGCUUUGUCUUAUCCCCACGCAGCAAAGGACAGAACUUCUAAAGGGAAAAUCACUUUUCACUUCCCUGUAGUCAGCUCUGACACAGCAUGCCUCAUCUUCACAGAAUAACAUAAUUUUAGGGUCCAGCCUCUCAUACUGAAGAUGAGAGAACUGAGGCCCAGAGAUCACCCCAAAAUGAUCUCUUCCUCUAGAACUACAGUGUCCAGGUAUGGUAGCCAUGAGCCUCAUGUGACUGUUUAAAUUUAAAUGAGAAAUCUAAUUCCUCAGAUGCACUAGCCACAUAGCAAGUGCUUAAUAGCCACCUGUGGCUAAUGGCUACCAUACCAGAAGGUGCUGCUUUACCAAAGCUGUUGCUCCUGGGUACUGGCUUGUCUUUCCUGACUCCUGUGACAUGGGCCUUCAGGGUCCCGGCCAGCCUCCCAAGUUUUGUCUACAGGGUUGCCAGACUAUCCAAGUCACCUCCAGAGUAUAAGGGGUCUGACACUCACAACUAACAAAACACCAGGGGUUUGAAGUUACUGGAUUUCUGGGUAUCUUGGAAUAUCUAGAAAUCCUAAUGGAAAUAGAACCACAUACCCGAAUCAGGCACAGGUGCAGGCCAGGGCUGCUCUGUAGCUUGUUCUACCACAGCAGAAGCAUGGAGUGGCCUCCCCACCUUCUGGGGGAAGGUGCUGGGUGGACCUGAGCUUUGGCAUCAGGCAGGUUUCAGUUUGAAUCCUGGCUCUGUGAUCUCGGUUCCAUGAGGGAAGCUCUAUUAGCUGCAGACUCUUCCUAUUAUGGGAGUUCCUAUUCCAGGAGCUACACUGGGUUGUUUUAAGGACAAAAAGAUCAUCUCCUUGGCACACAACCAAACCCAGUAACUGUAGAUGUGGUUCUCCUUUUCCAAGAUUCACUGCUUAACUCCAGAUUGGCUUGAAGGAAUACUGCUUAGGUAAUGGUCCCAGUACCACCAGCAGCCCCCACCCCACUUUACUGGAGGAAUUGCAAAUCCGGGAAGUGCUGAGGCAAUCACUUCCUGUGGCCCAUGGCGAGAGUAGUAAGCCAGUAAAGUAGUGUUGUUCUUCCUAUGAAUAACUUAGGCUAUUCCUGAGGUUUACUGGCUAGUGGAUCUAUGUGUGUUAUAAUCAUCUAAUAUUCUACUUAAGGCUUUGAAUAAAUAGUUUGAUAAUUAGCAACUAGCCUUUUUGGAUCCACACAAGCUCAGGACUCCAGUAAUUUACUCUUUCUACACUCAUAAGAGAAAGAGUAUGAAAUAAGACUUAAGACAGUGAUUAUAUCAGCCCAGGUUUUGUGACAACUCUGGGGAUUCCCAAGGGAUCUCAACUGGGGUUAUAAAAGUAUCAGAAUUUAAUUUGAAUACACUUAAUAUUUUUUAAAAUGCCACAUGGCACUUUGAGGACAGCAAGAAAAAGUAACAGAGUGCAGAACCCCAUGAAGGUAUCUUCCCUAAAAAGGCUAGAAAUUACUGCAUCAAUGCAUCAGCGUUCAUAGUAAAUGUUCCAUAACAAAGGCCUGUUGAAUUUGGUCUCAAUUAUUCCAGAGUAAAGGGCUUUUAUUUGUUUGGUCACAUCUUUAUCAUUUAAGAAAUAUUUAAAAAUGAUAUUUAUUUUUAUUUCAACAUGUCAACUGUGCAUUUCCAAAACAGCAGGCUUUUCAAAGGAAUAAAUCAGAACUGUAAACACAAGACACAGUAUAAGUUUUUGACUUCCUAAAGUCAGUGUCACAAAUCCACAUACUGUACAUUCAUAGGUGAGGUUCAGCCUGUCAGCCACUUCUUUAUUUCUAUAGUUACAUAAGCAUAAUAAAUACAUCUGAUUUUAAAGGUCACUUAAAAUGAGUCAUGAUAAUUUACAGUACAGUACGUUUCAGUUCAAGUGCAAAAAUAGCUAUUUGCUUAAUUCUAUUUCUUUCCAUUAUUUUAUUUUUAAGCUGUGUUUUGUGGCAAAGCUAAACAUCCAAGUAUAGACUUUCUUCUCCCAGAUGCAGUAUUGGGCAGAAGUAUGGUGUCGUGGAGAGGCCCUCACUUUACAACUGAUCUUGUCUAAUCAGGGUCAGGAGGUAAGGUGAGUUGCUCAUUUUUAACUCUGUUCUUUUCUUUCCUCUCUCCUGUGCUCACUCACAGUUAUUACACAUACCAUUGACCUUCAAUUCAGGUAAAGCAGUGCUUUUUCCACAGCCCUCCCCCAAGGCUUCUUAGUAUCCUUAGCUUUUCAUUUUUAGCAGCAAGCUUUAUGCGUGAGUCACCUAGCCACUGUUCUGACUGUAGGUAUAAUAUUUACAGUAGCACACCCCUGUCUCAUCUGUCCAGUGUCUGACUGUAUCUUCAUGAAAAGGAAUACACUGAGAUUAUUUCUUUAGUCAUUGGAAAAUAUAGUUACUUCUUAAUCCUUUCCAUUCCUGGCUUCCUGUUCACCACCUUUUCCCUUCACCAAAAACAAAACAAAAACUUACCCAUUGUGUAAUUUUUAAAAAUUAUAAUCCCUCUCCCAGGCACUUAAAUCUUACACUGUUAUUUGUAAAUAGUACUGCUUAAUUAAAGAAACCCUUAGGAAUUCAGUGAUUUUUUUAAAAAUUCCAUCAGCUAUUUAGAGCCCAAAUCACUAUAAAAUUGUGAAAUAGUGAUAGAGGCUAUUUACAGUAUCAAUAUAUUUGGUAAACCUUUGUCUGUCAAGCCAUAGGAUACUGAGUUGGUUGGUUGAUUUGAAAUAUUCUGUCCUCUUGUCUUAAAGCCCAUUUAAAAACAAAAGGCAUUUAAAGCUCAGCUUAGUUUGUGGUAGUCAGUACGGCUUUUGCUGCUCAAAGAAUGGACUAUUUUCAUUAUAUAACAUAUACAUAUAAAAAUAUAUUUGCUAGAGAUAUGCCAAGUUUCUGAUGAAACUUUUUCCUGUUUCUCUGUUUUGUUUUUUAAACAAAAGCAUAUAAGCUAGUAACUUUUAUCUGGCUACUUCUUAAAUAUGUCUUGUAAUUUUUUAAAUAGUUCUCUUCAAGAGAAACAAAAUUAUAGAUAUAUUUUAUUUCUUCCCAGUUUGCAUUAAGAACCAAAUAAUUAGAAUAAAUAAUCAAAAGAGGGAAACUGUAUCAGCAUUCACCUUGAAACACUUUCUUUCCCUCCACUUACUUAGUGUAACUGCUGCUUUCAACCCUAACUGCCCUGGCAAAGAAGUCCUACAGUUCUUAACCUAACCAACCAAAGAACUGAAGUCCUUACCGAACUCUUAUUUCCCUUCUGUGAUUCCAGUGGGAUUAUAGAAAUUUACCUGUUUCUGUCAAUAUGUACUGUAGCUUCUGUGUGUGUGUGUGUGUGUGUGUGUGUUUCCAUGUUGAUGAGUUCAGGUAUUUAGAAGAGUAUAUAGUGCUAUGCUUCUCAAGGUGAGGCAUGUCUUGGGUUCAGGGAGCCUCUCCCUCUGUCCUGGCAGAGGGGCCCAGUUCCAUGCAGGGUGGGAGAUGAGUGGGAGCCCUCAGUGUCCCCCAGCGGCAGGCUGAGCCUGCUGGUCCUCCUUCUCCACACGCUGGUCCACACUGGGGUGAGUGGGGCUGCUCUGUGUCUGAGAUGCUGCUGCUUGAGGGGAUGGCUGGUUUCUGGAUGGGUCAGAAUGAGUCUCACAUGGGACAGGCCGGACUCCACCAGCUAGAGAAUUUUCCCGAUUCUCACUGGUCCCCUGGAAGGAAAAAAGAAAAGAUGUUUUGUAGUCGGUGCUAACAAAUAAAUCCAACACUUUUUAUAUGCUUUCAAGUAAGAUAUAGGAAACAUGGGAAGAUCAUCCUGAAGUAACUUCAAAGAACAAGUAAGAGGAAUAAAGAUAGAAUGUCUUACCUUUCAUCUCUUUUCCUAUGUGCAACUGCCAAAGCCGCAUGAAAAACACAAACACUGUAAGUAGACGUAUCUUGUGGAUAACGGAACAUCACUACCAAAAUGCCUGUUACUACUAGGAAAAUAAUUUACAUCAACAAAUGUUUACUGAGCCUCCAUCACUGUGAUAAGUCACUGAGCAAGCAGCAUAGAAUUGAAACUCAGGUCAUUUGCUGAGACUGCAGAAUUCAAGAGCUGGAGGCACUUGUCUGACAGAAAGUAAGUAAGGCUUCUCAGCCUCAGACACAAAGCCAGGAAAGAAUGUCCUGAAAUUAAGAGUCCUGAUGUAUAUUUGGGGAUUUAAAGUGCACGCUAAAAGUCAAACAACACAGAACAUCUGUGUGAAAAAAGAGAAUGGCAACAACCACUUAGGUCAUACACUAUAAGAAACUAGGAGUACACGCAUACCCCAGCGCAUCACCCACAGCAUGUCUGUAAGAUGCCAUGUUGCCACAUUCCGUGAUACAUUCUGACUUAUACAAAUCAGGAAACAUGUUUUUCUAAAAACAGAUUUUCCGGGGCACCUGGGUGGCUCAGUCGGUUAAGCGUCUCUUGAUUUCGGCUCAGGUCGUGAUCUCACGGUUCCUGGGAUUGAGCCCCGCAUUGGGCUCUGCACUGAUAGUGCAGAGCCUGCUGGGGAUUCUCUCUCUGUGCCCCUCACCUGUGCGUGUGUGCCCUCUCUCUCUCAAGAUAAAUAAAGAACCAAAAUGGGUUUUUCUCUCAAUUAGUAUAUAUCAUUUCAAAUAACUGAGCACCAAAAAAAGUUUUAUUUCUGUGAUUGAUUCUAAAAUGGAAAGAAAUCUUAAUAUAAUGACUUCUUAUUCAUAAAAAUAACCAAGCCAUACCAGCCAGUUUUUAUUGAUCCUAACAUGCCAGAAAAAAAAAAAGUGCAAUGAUAUAUAAGCCUAAUAGGCUUCCAUAAAAAUAAGGUUGAAUACCCAAAGUAAUGAAAACAUUGCUAUUCAACCAGAAGAUCUCAUCCUUUCUCCUGCUUCACAUUCUUUAUAUGCUCCUCCCACCCUGAUACUCUCCAUUUUGACUGGGCAGGGGAUUCAUGUGAGUUUAUAAUCUUGAUAAAUGAAUAGGAUCAUGCAUACACCAGGAUGCAUUAUGAUUAUGGGUGAAGAAAUCAGAUUUGGUUUAAAUUAUAGAAAUAUUACAUGUUAGUUUACAAAGUCAUGAGAAAUUGAACUAACAUAGUUCAAACUAUUUUUUAAAAAGGAGAUUAUCCAAAUUACUCUUUAUUUUUGUCUUUCUUAUGUGUCCUCAGAAGCUACUCUAAUAUAUAUAGCUGACCAUGACUCAUCAAGUAAAAGGACAUGAUUAAACACAAGGAAGUAGACUCAUUACUUUAGCCAGACUAUUCAUAGAAGUCACACUUAAUCAUUUCCAAAGGCAGUAUAUAGCUUUAGUUACAAUUACCCCCAGUUUUAUCAACAUGAUUUGACUUUACUCAGGAGAGACCACAUCUCCAGGGAUAAGAAAAAUCAUACUUUUUAUUUUUCACAUGAGGUCACAGUUCCACUAAGUUGCGUAUCCCAUUAGACUCAUACAGAAUUCAUUAAUUCAUCAGAUUAUUUAUUGAAGUCCUAUUAUAUAUAAUGUCCCCACUAGAAUUUUAGAAUUACAGAAAUUAAUAGUUAACGGUCUCCCAUGGCAAGAACCAUAUAUGCUCACUGGAACUGGUACCUGUCAACACUGAAAUUUUAAAGAAAUAUACAAUUUAUUGGAUUUUUAAAAUUUUCUUUCUUUCAAGAAAUGUCUUCUCUGUGAAGCCUUCCUGUGCUCCAUAAGGUGGAAUUUUCCCUCUGCACAACCUUGUAUACACCUCUAUAAUGCACUUGUCAUAGAAUACUAAAAUUAUUUGUGUGUCUUAUUUUGCCCACUAGACCUACCAUAAAUCUUGGUGAGUGAAUAAUUAACACAACUGAGCCCACUUAAGGUAGGGACUUUACCUGCAAAGGCUGUAUCUCAGGAGCACGGUUGUCUCUUGUUAGCUGCAUCAUCUCUUUAAUUUGGUAGAGUGCGUAGACAAAGGUCACCCAGGGGGAGGAGCUGACGCCCCAGGCUGGCUUGUUCACGUCCUCCUGUUCUUCCUGGUGCUUGGUUUUCUUGGGAGGAAGUCUGGGCUCAAUGCGUGGCAUGACGUCUUCGGUCUGUUGCUGUACCAAGUCAAUGGUGGCUAUGGGAACAGGACUAGAGGGCACGGGAAUCCUUUCUGCCAACAUUGUCUUGUCUGGAGAGAAAAUCAUGUUUAAAUCAUUUUUUGGAGUUUUCGUCAUAUUUAAACAAACAAAGUAAGUAGACAAUCCCAUGAGCCCAUGCUAGUGUACUUGGCAACAUUAAUAAAUUGCUAUGUAUCAGGGGCCUCUUGGUGCAGGUACUGAGCAACAGAUGUGAUGUUCAUCUUGCAGGAACUCUUUAUAGGGAUUAAUAGACAUUAACUUGUAUUUGUUUAUGAAAUAUAUUUUUCAUUAAACUUAGAUAUAACUUAAUCUGUGGGCAUGGGUUAUAAUGAAUGUGGCCUUAGGCCCACUUACAGGACUGAGUUUUUAAAGAUAAGCAUCAAAACAGGAAAUGCCAGAAAUAGCUGUUUCUGUUGGCCUUUUACUGAAGGCAUAGACCAUUUAGGAUCAUGAGGAAAAAAAAUGUGAGAAAGACCAGUAUUGGUCCUCUUUUCUGUAUAGCUCGUUAGCAUUAAAACCGGCCUUGGAAUUUUCUGUAAUAAGCUAGUUUUUCCCUUUACAGAAGCAUUUUAGGUACUUGAGGCAAACAAAUGCCCCUCAAAGGAUAGGACAAAGAAGAUGAGCCUUGUUCUGGGACCCAUGAGUUAAGCAAGAAUAUUUCCAUUCUACUAGUUGGCUUUCUUCAUUAAAAAAAAAAAAGCUGAUUCAACUUGUACAUUAUAUUUGAUAUAACCUCCUUUGUAUAUAACAAUUUUAAUGAAGGCCAUGCCUGGUUAAGGGAAAACUUCAAAUUUAAAUUUUAAGACACUUUUUUCAAAUGAAGGCAAAAACAUAGUAAGUAAUACCACUCCCUAUCCCUAGUAGUAAAAUUACUGCAUAGCUUUAUAUGUGCAAAAUCCCUUUAGAAUACCAGAGAAAUUUAAAACCAGUACUUCCUAUACUACUUUGUACUAUAAAACAAAACAAAAACAAGAAAACCCCCAAGCUACUUAAAAUGGCCAGUAUCCUUUUCAACAUAGGACACAGCUUCUGACAAUGGUACACAUCAAUUCAUUUUCUCAUACACCACUGAGAAAAUCCAGCCAGGCAGGUCUGCUAUGUAUUCUGUGACCACCUCUGGGUUUCUCCAUGGCUUCAACCUUUAGAACCAUUCAGAAAGAAUAAACAGGUUUACCUUCUUCCUCACCGGGCACUGCCAGCCACUGGAUCAGGGCAAAAAGCAGGAGGAUCACCAGGCAGGCCAUGCCGAUUCCUCGAAAGGUUGCGGCAGCCCCUGUGAAAACAGAGCACUGCAUAGAGUGAUUCCAGGAAAUGCAGAGAGCCCUCAUCUACGGCUGUCAAUGUGCUGAAGUUCAGGGCAAAGGCAGCAGAGCUUAGGACAAACCAGAGAAUGAUGAAUAGCCAGUGGCUUCAUAGAGUGGAAAAACACAGGCCUGGUAGGUCCCAGGAGACCCAGAUGCUGGUAUUGGAUUGGUCAUUCAUCAAAUUUUAAAACUGUAUUUAUAAAGGAUUAUCUCUGAGUGCCUCUUACCAUAAAACUCAGUGGUGCUCUCUUCUUUGAGCACCAUUUACCUAACUAUUAAACAGCCCUACUAAUCUGUAGUUGGGACAGCAGAGCUCAAGUAGUGCUAUAAAUUCAGAUACCCUGGGCCCACCUUCCAUAGAUGACUGAUCAGUCCAGAUCCCUUGAGCAGGGUAAUCUUAUUUCCACCCCACCCCCUGUAUUUCCGAUAAGGGAGACCUGACAGGGCAGACAGAUUGUGUUAUCAAGAGAUGUAGUGACAUUACCAAAGCCAGCAAAUAGCUAGAUUUUUCUGGAAUAACAAUGAUGAAUUUUCUUUCUUCUAGCAUUAAUAUCAGCAAGGUUAGGGUACUUUGCUUCAAUCCAAAAGCACAUGCUGUCCAUUCAUUUGUUUGGCUCCUUUGAGGUAUCUGUAGCAUCUCAUUAGGCUGUUUGUCACAGACGUGUGCACAGUUACAGGCUGGCUCUAAUCAUCUUAAUGACUUAAGAACUCAGCUUUACAAUUAUGACUACCAUGAAAGUGAGGAAGAUAAUAUGAAUACUGACUGGAGUUUUAACUUCUGGCAACCUUCAGUAAUAAUUUAAGUGUUUACUGAGGUGUUGCUAAAAAAAAAGUCAUGUUUUCAACAAUGAAGGAAAGGAAAAGGAGAAAGUCAUUCUUACCAAAAUAAUUGACUAAUACGCCUCCGAUCAUGGCACCACAACCUCUCCCCAAACCUAGGUGAAGGCCCUGCAGGAUGCCCUGAGCAGACGUCCUCAGCUCAGGGGGAACUGCUGCACUGAGAUAAGAAAUGCACGCUGCCCAGAUGGCCGCGUGUGUCACUCCUGGAGAGGAAGAAGAGUGGGAUUGUCUGAUCAGCAUUGCCUAGGUUACUCUUUUGUGGAGAGUGAAUUAUUUAUUUAAUUACACACACACACACACACACACACACACACACACACACACCUACCUAAUAAAGACAUAUGUAUGAUUUAUGGUAAAAUAUACAUAACGUAAAAUUUACCAUCUUUAACCACUUUUAAGCAUUAAAGUACCUUCAAAGUGGUAUGCAACCAUCCAUCUCCAGAUUUUAACACUGCAAACUGAAGCUCUGCACCCAUUGAACAAUAACUGCCUCUAGGCCCUGGAGACCACUAUUCUACUUUCUGUCUCUGAAUCUGGCUACUCUGGGUACCUCAUAUAAGUGGAAUCAUUUAUCUGUGGAAUCGCUAUUUGUCUUUCUGUGUCUGGCUUAUCACUUAGCAUAAUGUCUUCAGAGUUCAUCCACGUUUGUAGUAGGUGUCAGAAUUCCCCUCCUUUUUAAUAUUCCAUUGCAGGUAUAUAACACACUUUGUUUACUCAUCUGUUGAUGGACAGUUCAGUUGUUUCCACCUUUUGGCUACUGUGAAUACUGCUGCAAUGUUUAUGGGUGUUCGAUAUCUGUUUGAGUCCCUGCUGUCAGUUCUUUGGUGUGUUAUACCUAGAAGUGGAAUUACUAAGUCAUACAGUAAUAAUAUGUUCAACACUUGGAGGAACUACCUGUUUCCCACAGUAGCUGUACCAUUUUACAUUCCCAUCAGAAAUGCGCAAGAGUUCGUUCCAAUUUCUCCACAUCCUCACUGGCACUUGUUAUUUUCUGUGUUUUUUUUAUAAUAGCAUUCCUAAUGGGUAUGAAGUGGUAUCUCAUUGUGGUUUUGAUCUGCAUUCCCUACUGGCUAGUGAAGAUAAACAUUUUUUUUUUUUUUAAUGUGUUUACUGGCCAUUUGUAUAUCUCCUUUGGAGAAAUGUCUAUUCAAGUCUUUUGCCCAUUUUUUAAAAUAACUUAUUAAAAAUUAUUUAUUUAUUGAUUUGAGAGAGAGAGAUAGAGCAUGAGUGGGAGAGGGCCGGAGAGAGGGAGGGAGGGAAAAUUCCAAGCAGGCUCCACACUGUUAGAGCAGAGCCUGAUGCAGGCUGGAACUCACAAGCCAUGAGAUCAUGACUUGAGCCAGAACCAAGAGUUGGACACUUAACUGAUUGAGCCACCCAGGCACCCCAGCUUUUUUUUAAAUGUUUGUUUAUUUACUUAUGAGAGAGAGAGAAUGAACAAGUAGGGGAGGGGCAGAGAGAGAGAGAGGAAAACAAAGAAUCCCAAGCAGGCUCCAUGAGAUCAUGACAUGAGCCGAAAUCAAGAGUUGGAUACUUAACCAACUGAGCCACCCAGGCACCCUGGCCAAUUUUUGAACUAGGUUGUGUGGGGAGUUUUGUUGUUCAGUUAUCGAAGUUCUUGAUAUAUUUUGGGUUUUAACUCCUUACUGGACACAUGUUUUUACCUAAAAUUAUUUCCAUUAUGAUUAGCACCAAGAAUAACAUUCUUAGUCGGGCGCCUGGGUGGCUCAGUCGGUUAAGCGGCCGACUUCGGCUCAGGUCGUGAUCUCGCGGUCCGUGAGUUCGAGCCCCGCAUCGGGCUCUGUGCUGACAGCUCAGAGCCUGGAGCCUGUUUCAGAUUCUGUGUCUCCCUCUCUCUGAUCCUCCCCCGUUCAUGCUCUGUCUCUCUCUGUCUCAAAAAUAAAUAAACAUUAAAAAAAAUUUUUUUUAAGAAUAACAUUCUUAGAGAUACAGCUUUUUAGAUAAUCUGAGAUUAUUUAUUUGGCUAUAGUUCUAUAAAUAAGGCUAAUGAUUCAAAGGAUAUAACAAUUUUUAUACCUUUUAAUAUAUAGUUCCAAUUGGUUUUCUGAAAGAGCGCAGAGACCAUUUACAAUGCCUCAAUACCAGUUUCAUUAUAUUUUCACCAUUUGUCGGAGGGAGGAAAGGAUAAAGAUAACAGGUGAAAAAUAAUUUGGGUCGUUAUUUUAAAUGUACAGCAACUGUGCAUUGUCUAAAUUUAAAUCUCUAUUAGAACACUGCUUUAAAUUUAAUAAAAAAUAAUAAAUAAGUAAAUACAUGUAAUAAAAAGAUACUGUCACAACAAGUUUUACUGAGAAGGGGUUAAGAAAUCAUCUGAUUCUGCCUAGAUUAAGUAAUGAGCUUGCUCCCUGAAAAAUAAUCCUAGUUGGAGAUACUGUCAUCAGAAACUCAUAACCUAGGUUUUGAAAAAUGAAACUAGAAGAUUAAUAUUCACUUAAUAUUUAAUCUGACAUUAGUCCGCUUCUGACAAAAAUGGAAUAAUGGACUGGAUUUGCCCUCCUUCUGAAACAACCAGAAUUGGACACAAUAUAUGAAAUAUAGUUCCCAAGACACUGGAUAUCAACAAUAAUGACUGAUCUCUGAUUGAUGGGAAACAAAUGAGGAGCCCCAGCUUACUGUCUGGUUAGAGUUUAAAAGCCUCAAGGCAGGGGUGCCUGGGUGGCUCACUCAGUGAAGCGUCAGGCUUUUGGUUUUGGCUCAGGUCAUGGUCUCAUGGUCAUGAGUUAGAGCCCCACUUUGGGCUCCAUGCUGGGCAUGGAGCCCGCUGAGGAUUCUCUCUCUCCCUCUCUCCCUGUCUUUGUGCCCCCCCCCUUCCCUGCAACAAAUAAAUAAACUUAAAAAAAAAAAAUAGCUGCAAGGCAUAGAGGGGGAGCCACUGAGUUGAGAUGAAGCUAACAGUCUGGAGAGACCAAGGCAGCUAGAGUUCUAGGGCAGAGUACCAGAGAGGAGAGAGCUUUACAGAAACUAGAGGGAUUGGCAGGUACCCUCAAGGUACUUGAAUACCCUCAAGUAAUUCAGCAGAGUGCUGCAGCAAAAACAUAGGUACAAACUAUGCACAGCCAGGGAAGAACCAUCCAAAAUCACCGCAGACAACAGUACUCAGAACCCAUACAGGGCCAGGAAUAGUACCUAUUUCAACCACACAGGGAAGUUCAUGAUUGGUAGAGUAUUCAGAAGGGUCUUGUGUUAGUAUUAUGAAAGAAUUAGAAUUACUGGGAACAGUGCUCUGGUCCCACCUAAGUAAUCUUCAAAAGCAAAGCCCAAAAGGAUCAUACUAUUUCCAAGUAAUUUAUCUGUGUCCCAGAACAAAGCUAAAGAAUAUUUAUAAGAAAUACAAAAAUAUCUAGCACCCAAAAAAGUAAAAUUCGCAAUGUCUAGCAUACAAUUAAAUUACCAGGGAUGAUCUGCACUUAAGUGGAUUCCACUAUUCAAUAAUCGAAUAAACACUAUUUUUGCUGGAUAUGUUAGAUUAUAUGCCCUAUAGUUAACUGAAACAAUAGAAAUAAUUUUUAUGAGGUUUAUAUAUGUUUCAGUAAUCAUUUCAACCAGGUUACUUAGAUGACUAGAAAUAGUAUGCAUACUUAAUUUCCACAGAAGUCAAAUGAAAUAUUUGCUUUAUCUGACUAAACAACUGCAGUACCUUAGAUAAUGCCAGCUUUCUCAGAACUGAGUAAUUCCUGGAUAGUCUUAAUUAUAAAUGUUGACACAGUAGUACACAAUGGAAAUACUUUUAAAUACUUCCCUUUAUAUUAUUAAAGAUCCUGCUAAACUCCAUUUCUUCUCAGAUACACGUUUUUCUUCAUUAACAACACUAAGGAAAAACUCCUAUAUUCCAAGAAAUAAAAUGAAUGUAUUCAAAAAAAUUUUUUUAAUGUUUAUUUUUGAGAGAGCGAGUGAGCACAUGAGCAGGGAGGGGCAGAGAGUGAGGGAGACAAAGAAUCCCAAAUAGACUCCAUGCUGUCAGCACAAAGCCCGAUGUGGGCUCAAACUCAUGAACCACAAAACCACAAGAUCAUGACCUGAGCUGAAACCAAGAGUUGGACACCUAACCAACUGAGCCUUCCAGGCACCCCAGAUAUAUUCAAAAUUAAUUAGAUUCAAUGGUAAAAUCCAACAUAGAGGUGGAAAUCAUUUCUUAAAAAUGAAUCAUCAAAGAUCUGAAACCACAUCAAAUGACUGUAAAUUAACUUUAAUAGUGAAGCCAAAUCUAUCGUUUUGUCUGUGUCUGAGCAAUCAACUGCAGGAUUUACAAGUAGACAGAGAUGGGCCUAUGUAUUUAUGUGACCAAAACAAUAGCAAAUAUAUAUUUGCUGUAAUUCUAGAUCAACUAUAAGUCUAGCAGUAAAUAGGGCUUCUUUCUUUUUCUUCAAAAUUCUAAGUGUUUUCUAAAACACUGAGUCUUCUAAGAUAAUUAAAGCAUCUUCCAGCAGGAUGACUUAAGUCAGGAUUCUUAAAGGUUCUAAACUAUUAGAAUUUAGGGGGUGGUAUUAAGUGGCAGUUGUAAAAGAUUCUCUAUAGUUAGAUUUCUAGAGUUUCUUUACUGCUUUUGAGGACUAAUAAGAUAAUUGGGAACCACAUUCCGUAAAGCAACUCAGGGCAUUAACUGAAGGAAAAUAUAGUAAACCAUACAGUAGAAAUUUUUUCUUUGGAACCAAAUGCAAAAGAAUGAAAGCCAUUCUGCCUGUAUGCUCCAACAUUUUCCAGGGAAGAUAUAAAACUAAAAUUGGUUUCUCUGAGAUACCUUAUUUCAAAAUAUCAUGUAAACAGAAGAAUCCAUACCACUUCCUAGAGAAGAAACUAGCAAAACUAAAAAAUCCACAAGAGGGGACUGGGUUGGUAAUAACACCUUUGUAUAUAAAAGACAAUUAUGGAGUUGUGAUUCUUAUUCUUAAAUUAAAUAUGCAAACUUCUAGUAAUCAUAUUAAUUAUCUGAAACUCUUGACAGUGUUUUUAAUCACAGUUGUAUUCUGGCCCUCUAAUUUUAAAACAAGGAAAAAGCAAUCUAGAAACUUAAAAACCCUCUGCCAUUUUUCUUAUUUGUAAGACAAAGAAAAUCGUAGCAAUUGUGCUACCUGAAACUUUCCUGUAAGAUUUAGGAGGUAAAAGAUAGAAGCCGAGAAAAGAAAAUGCUUCCAUCCACUUUACCUUUUAUUAGAGAACUAUGAAAAAAGUAGUAGCUGAUUAUUCCCUAUAUGAUGAAAUAAAUUAUUCAGUGGUAUGGGUAAAGUGUUUUCACACUAGAGCUUUUAUAAGUUUUUAAACCUUUUAGUAUGAGAUAACUAGGUUGAUGGAUUAGUCGAAGAAUAAAAAGAUGUUGCCCCCUGACUGGUAAUAGUAACAAAGGUACUUGAAGUGACUCUCCUUGCAAUUGACUCUCCUUCCUUGGCUACUUGUCAGAAAACUACUGAUAUUUGUGAAUGGCAAUUCAAACACCCAACUCACAUAAGAGGUGCUUAAUAUAUAUGUUUGAGUGGCAAUUCAAUACCGUAUGUUAAUUGGCAGUGAAUGACUCUCAAAGACCACACAAGUCACUCAGUCUCUCAGUCUGAGUCUUAGUCUCUCAGUCAAUUCCUUACCUUUACUAGCGUCCCACAUGAUUACUUACAAGGCUUAACAGAAACACAGACAUAGCUUCACAGGACCUACAUCCAGGACCUUAACUGUUUGGGAAUACACUACAUUUGAAUAAUCAAGAACCACUGGAAAUAAGUAUGACUCACAUUGAAUUUUUUUCAUUAAUGAUAUAGUAGUCUACCAGGAAUUGUGCUGUGUUUUUUUUUUUUAAGUUUAUUUAUUUUGAGAGAGAGAGAGAGAAAGAGCAUGCGUGGGCAGAGAAAGAGGGAAAGAGAGAAUCCCAAGUAGGCUCUGCACCAUCAGCACAGAGCCCAGCGUGGGGCUCAAACCUACAAAACAUGAGUGAGAUCAUGACCUGAGCCAAAAUCAAGAGUUGGACACCCAACCAACUGAGCCACCCAGGUGCUCCUGUGCUAAGUGUUUUAUAUAGAUUAUCUCAUUUAUUCUUCCCAGUAGUAAGUACUAUUUUUAUUCUCCCUUUUCUAAAAAAGGAAAGUAGGCACAGAGAGAUUAAAGUGCCUUGUCCAAAGUCACAUAGACAACAGGGUAGUAGAAUAGGAUUUGAACCAAAGGUAUAGAAGUAUAGUGCUUAAGUACUAUACUAUAUACCCUCAUAACAACUAUUGUAAGUAUUAUAUAGUAAACAUAACUAUCUAUUUUGAGAAGUUUUUUGAUAAUAUCAAACAUGCCCCCAAAAAUCUACUAAUUAAAAAAAAAUGUAUAAUCUUACUACCUACUUCCCCUCCUUUUCCAAAGAGCUCAGAUCAUUGAUAUUAUCAAGUUUUUUAUAUGUCUCAAAUAACUCUUUACCUUAUAAUAUUCAAGAUUGGUAUCUGAUCCUGUAACAUGAAUUUCAAGAUUGUUCAGUCUUGUCCCAGAAAAAUGCUCUACUGCAAUAAAUGUAUGCAGGUAUUAGCAAGAAAAAAAUCCUUUCUUCACCAGUAGACAGCUGCUCUUUGUAAAAUGCUGCCUGGCUUUUACAAAGCCAUUGUAAUGGCUGGGAGGGGUGAGAACUGACAAUCAAAAUACUGGAGAACUGGGAUUUUUUCUUUUGUUUUUCUUGCUCUGCCACUGACUUAUGCUCACUAAACAAAACAUAAGUAUCCCCAAAGCACUGGCACACUGAAUCAGUUGUGACAGACCCUUUCCAUUGAUGGACCAAAGCAUACAUGUCAGUUACUUCAAGGUACUUCUCAAAUGCUGGGCUUAAAAAAAAAAAAAAAAGUUAAAAAAAGCUUCUGAAAGAUCCAUAUAGUGAAAAGUAAGAGACUGCUCUUUCUAAAAACAACAACAACAACAAAACAAAAACCAAAAACCAAAAUCUCCACUGGGCUGGCAAUAAAAGGAGUCUGUAUUGGUUAAAGUAAUGAUAGCUGUUGUAAUGGAUAAACCUUGGAAUCUUAGUGGUUUCAUACAUUAGAUGUUUUAUUUUCUUGCUCAUCUAAAGCCCAAUGGGCAUGGGUCAGGAAGAGUAACAGCUGUGCUCCAUGUAGUUGUUAGGGAUGCGGGCUACAGAGCUUCAGCCAUCUUCAACACCUGGUUACCCUGGGUACAUAUAUCCAGCUGGCAGAGUAGAGAGUGGAGGAAGGCACAUCGAAAAUUUUAUGGUCUGGGUUUAGAAGUGAAACACAUCAUUCCUGCUCACAGCCACUGAACGGAAUUAGCCAAAUGGUCAUACCUAACUGCAAGGGAGGCUGGGAAAUAGAGUCCAACUAUGUGUCCAUGAAGAAAAGGAUACAUUUCAUAUCAGGUGAAAAGGAUACAUUUCACAUCAGUUAAAAGCAAGCCCAGUGUCUCUUCCAAAGUAAGGGCCACCAACAGCAAUGGACCUUUUAAAAAGAGCACAGAACCCUACAGAGAGCAGUUGACCUAUCAGCAGCAGCUGCAUGAACCAUACAUGUGUUGCACAAAAGACACUUUAAAUAAGACAUACAAUAUUGUUAAAGAUCAGUGCUCCCAUAUCCACCAACAUAUAGCACUACAAGAAUCACCUUCAUGCUAUUCAUUCAAAUAGCACUUACUGAGCACCCAGACUAUGUGCCAGAACCCCUGCUCUGCUUUGAAAAUCUGAUAAUGUACACAUUAAAACACCUCUUUAACCACCAUGGAGUUUAUAGUCUAAUGGGUGAAAAGUGCCUGGAUUUACCUGAAAGAAAAAGACAUUGAAUUCCUUGAGGAGAAUAAACAUAUCCAGCACCUAGCACAGGGCUUGACACACAAUGGCAGCUGAGCAAAAGAAUGGUGAAAUGAAAUGAAGCAGGCAGUGGUCACAUGUUGCGGUAUAAGGAAAAAGCAUUUGGAGAUAAAAGGUGCCCUGGGUAAGGUUGGAGAAAGAUUCCAAAUCCCAUGUAUGAGUAAAAAUGAACAGAGGAGGGGCGCCUGGGUGGCCCAGUUGGUUGAGCGUCCAACUUUGGGUCAGGUCAUGAUCUCAUGGUUCGUGAGUUUGAGCCCCGCGUCAGGCUCUCUGCUGUCACUGUGGAGCCCACUUUGGAUCCUCCAUCUCCCUCUCUCUCUGCCCCUCCCCUGCACAUGUGUCCUCUCUUUCUCUCUCUCAAAAAUAAAUAUUUUAAAAAAGAAAUGAAGCUUCUGUAAGUCUCUAUAAGCUUCACUUUACAAGUUAAAAAAAAAAAGACAUGUGAGUUGCUUUU